AUGGAAUAUUCUGAAACAUCAAAUGGUAUAUUUUAGAGUAUUUUUGACGGAUAAAUCGUAUUUUUCGAUUUGGUCACGCUAUACUAAGGCAUUCCUCGGCGCACAUACGCAACUAAAUUGAUCGGGUCCCAGGUGGCUUUAAUGGCUCGUGGACUGCCAAAAAAGGAACCCAUUACUGGCGUGCAGGACAUUAUAGUAGUGGCAUCAGGAAAGGGAGGUGUUGGCAAAAGCACCGUCGCAGCUAAUUUCGCCUGCAGCUUGGCCAGACUGGGCAAACGAGUCGGGUUGCUAGACGGAGAUAUUUUCGGACCUACAGUUCCUCUUCUAAUGAACGUCCACAAUGAGCCGUUUGUAAACGAUAGGAAUCUAAUGAUUCCGGCCCAAAAUUACAAUGUAAAAUGCUUGUCUAUGGGCAUGCUUACACCUUUGGAGUCCUCUGUUAUAUGGCGCGGUCCUCUUGUGAUGUCAGCCAUACGACGGCUGUUAAAAGGAACUGAAUGGGGACCGUUAGAUGUUUUGGUUAUAGAUACACCGCCAGGAACAGGAGAUGUGCAUCUUUCAAUAUCUCAAGAAGCACCCAUCACAGGUGUCAUCUUGGUAACAACUCCUCAUACUGCUGCUGUGCAUGUGACUUUAAAGGGAGCAAGGAUGUACGAAAAGUUAAAUGUUCCUAUCUUUGGUGUAGUGGAGAACAUGGGUUAUAACAUCUGUAAAAACUGCAAUCAACGAAUGGAUUUCUUUCAUAAAAGCUUAAUGAAUUCUCUCCCACGUAAGCUUAUGUCUCUUCCGCUAGACUCGCACAUAGCAGAGUGCAACGAGAAUGGCGUCCCUGUUGUUAUAAAGCAUCCAGACAGCGCUUAUACAAAUCUAUUUACCCAAUUGGCAAGAGAGAUUUCGGAAAUUCUUGACAAAAAAAAUUCAACUAAUCCACACGAAAAUAGUGAAGCCUAAAACGACCAACUUAAGUGGUCCCCAUAUUGUUUCUUGCGGAUGUAUUUGUAAGUUUUGAUGUUGUAUUGCUGAAGAGCUAUUAAAGAUACCUAUAACGAAGUUACGAA